UCGAAGCAGAGAGAGGGAGACACGAGCGUCCGUGCCGUGAGGAUGUAAGAAACGCGUUCCCUUUAUUAUUCAACGUAUCAGAGGGAUGGACUAAGUAUCAUUAGGCAGUUUGCCUUCUUUUUUCUGCUUUUCUUUCUCACUCUCCACUCAUUUCCGAGUGCCGCUCCCUGGCCACAGCUCUCUCUCUCUUUCUCUCUGGCUGAGAAGCACUGGAUGAACGCAGGCUCGCACUGACAGGGUACCUGGCACUCCGGGGAUUUCUGACAUGAAUAGGACCGAUCAGUGUGUAUGUUUUGGCUAGCACUGAACACUUCCUCCGAGAUCAGCUUGAGCGAGUUGGAGUCCAGGAGAGGACACGAGGAGAAACACCGGGAGAAGAGCAAGCGCACGGAAUGGAUGCUUGACAGAACGCAACGGAGAGGGACCUUUAAAUAGCUUCUGACUCAAAUGCAAAUAAAUCACAAUGAAACUGGCACUUUUUCAAAGAGACAAACAAUUAAACUAAGUGCACUGAGCUUGUCUUUUCCUUGGAGUCGUUUGCUUAAAAGGAUAGAGGAAGUCAUAACAACGCAUUUCUGAACCAGUCUUGUGUGCACACCGGCAAUCUCAGCUGUUCUCCAUAUCGUAUCUUGUUUCCGGAUGCCCGAACAGAGGGACGCGUCUGCACGACAUAUGUUCUGAGGGACAGGUCUGCUCAACUGCCCACCGUACGUUUUGCCCUCCGCUGACAGUUAAAAUCGAGCUUGUUGCCAAAAAGGAGCUGUGUUUUGAAGGAGGUGGGGGGAGCACGUGGAGGGGGUCGCUCUCUGGGGCAUAUGGUCGAGUUGACCCCAGACAGCUGCGGACUCUCUGUGAGCUAAUUCAUUUAUUCAGGAGGUCCACGCUGGGGCAGGGGUUAGAAAAGUUUCUCAAUUUUACGACCGAAGACGAGCCUUGUGUAACAGUUCGGGAGGCUUGGCUCAAGUGUGUGUGGUACAAUUUGUACGUUGUGUGCGUGUAGAUGAAAGGCUAAUGACUCUAAUUGAAGCCUGGGAGCAACAAAUCGUUUCCCUGGGCUGAAUGCUAGCAUGAUGCCCAGCCACACCCGCAGUCAAACCUGACACGUGCCACGCGGAGAUCAGCCUGGCAACUUUACGCGGAUGGUGUGCACAGACAGGUGGCAUCGCAGCCGAAGAAAUUUGGAGAAUAGAGAAGUAAUUGUGUCGUAAUAAUUAGAAGUACCAAUAAAGACACACAAACACAAAGUUCUGCGUUUGGGGAUUUAUAGUACAAAGUGCACAGGAGUUGUUUGCCUUCGUUUGUGUGUGUGUGCUGCCAGUCUAGGCCAGGGUCCAGCUGAUCUUUUUGUUCAAACACACUCAGGCAAACUAACCUUUCAUGACCAUCCACCCCUGUGUUUUGGAGAGUAAUGGAGGGUUUCUGGAAAGGUUGAGGACAUUAGGAACGGGAUUCGUACCCUCCCGCAGAGGAUGUAAUUUGGGAACAAAAUGCGUUGCUUGGAGACCGGUGAAAGCAUUUGCCUACAUUUUUCUGAAAGGAACUGCUCUGAAGUGUCCGUCGAGAAGCGUCACUGGAGUUUAAGUUAAAAUUCUCAGGAGGAGGAGUCUCUGGAUUUCUUUGGUCUCUUGGCCACUGUACUUCAUCUCCCUUUUUCUCAAAGUCCCUUCGGAUCACCUUGGCGUACUUCAGGGAAAACGUGGACUGGAGUAUGACCAGUUGUCAGUACCCCACACCGCCCCCGGAGAGGGACCGCAUGUACCAGCACAAAGUAUCGCUGGUCGUGCGGUACUUCAUGAUACCUUGCAACAUCUGCCUGAUACUGCUGGCCACUUCAACGCUCGGCUUCGCCGUCCUCCUCUUCCUCAAUAACUGUAGGUCACAGUUAAUGAAACAUGACAUGCAGUAUAAACCUGUUCACUUCACCGAAACUGCACCUCCUGAUGGUUGUCGUGGGAAGUUGUGUGGUUUUGGAGCGUUGUGUGAGAGAGACCCGACUAACCCCUCUAAAGGAGAGUGCGUAUGUAAGAAGACUCCAUGUUCGCCGGUGGUUGCACCGGUGUGCGGAUCGGACGACUCUACUUAUUCCAAUGAGUGCGAGCUUGAGAAAGCCCAGUGCAUUGCGCAGAGACGUAUCAAGGUGAUGCGCAAAGGCUCAUGUGCUUUGAAGGACCCUUGCAGCGAGAUGACCUGCAGCUUUGGCAGCACCUGCAUCCAGUCAUCGGACGGCCUGUCGGCCAAAUGCAUGUGUCCUCUGAGCUGCGAGAACGUCCCCAAGCUGGUGGUCUGUGGCAGCGACGGUCAGGACUACCAAAGUGAAUGUGAACUCAACAUGAAAGCUUGCACCAUCCAGAAAAACAUCCGCAUGCAUCACAAGGGUCGCUGCGACCCUUGCAGCGACAGCUCGAGCAGGGGCUGUCGGGUGGACCCGAAGACCUACAAGCAGACCACCUUCGCCACGCCGGAUUCCUGCCCACCUGAAUCGCUCAUCUGCGCCAGUGACGGGAAAACCUACAAGAGCGAAUGCGAAAUGAAGAACACCGCUUUGCAGAACAACUUGAAGCUCAAUAAGGUCUCCGCGGGCAAGUGCAAAGAGGAAGGGAGAUGCCCGAGUGGUUGUAAGUUCAGUGCCGUGUGUUUGCUGGAAAACGGAGAGUAUCGGUGUUCCUGCGAUCCAAUACAAUGCGACGGCACGUACAAGCCAUUGUGCGGAAAGGACGGCAAGACGUACAUCAACGACUGCGAGAGGAAACUCCAAGAGUGCCGGACUAAGACAGACAUUCCCGUUAAACAGCAAGGGCCGUGUGAUCUUAACCUGGUGAGCCCCUGCCUGAAGAAGACCUGUGAGUUCGGAGCCCAGUGCGUGGUGCAGAACGGCGAGCCCGUGUGCGAGUGCUCGAAUGUGUGUCCGCAGGAUCAGGACCCUGUUUGCGGAAGCGACGGGCACACGUACAGCAGCUCAUGCCAGAUGAAGGCCAUGGGAUGUGCCGAACAGAGAAAAAUACAGAUACAACACAAAGGACCAUGUGCCGACGAGUCCUGCACCAACUGUUCGUUUGGCGCGAUCUGCGACACUCAGACGGGGCGGUGCGUUUGCGCACAAAGGUGUUUGAACACACGACAACCAGUGUGUGGCAGCGACGGGAUGACGUACGACAACGAAUGCAAGCUGACUGUGAAAGCCUGCACUAAUCGGCUGGAUCUAAAAGUGGCGGCCCAGGGAGAAUGCAAAACCUGUGGCAACAGUGUGUGUAGCUGGGGCGCGAAGUGCGUGGAGAACAAGUGUGAAUGUCAGCAGUGCACAGGUCAGCCGAUUAAACUUGUGUGCGGCAGCGACGGCACCACCUACGACAACAACUGUGAGCUGCGAUUGGCUUCCUGCAAGAAACAGAGGAAGAUAGAGGUGGCAAAACCUGGCGUCUGUGAUGAAGAUUGUGGGUCAGGAGGCUCGGGCUCAGGGUCUGAGACCUGCGAGCAAGAUCGGUGUCAAAAGUUUGGCGGGUCGUGGGAUGACGACACAGAGGAUGAUCGAUGCAUUUGUGACUACAACUGUCAGUCUGUUCCACGCAGCCCGGUGUGUGGCUCAGAUGGGAAUACGUACGACAACGAGUGUGAGCUGAAGAAGGCCAGGUGUGAGCAGCAAAUGGAUCUGAUGCUCCAAAGUCAAGGCCCCUGUAUAGCUGUUCCAACUAUAUUACCAGAAGUAGAUGUCUUUCAGCACUGCAGUGAAACGGUUUACGGGUGUUGUGAAGACAACAAGACUGCCGCCCUGGGUGUUGGACUGGCAGGGUGUCCAAGUGUGUGUCAGUGCAGUCCUUAUGGCUCGUAUGGAGGCACCUGUGACCCCGCCACUGGCCAGUGCUCUUGUAAACCGGGCGUUGGGGGACAGAGGUGCGAUCGCUGCGAGCCGGGAUUCUGGAACUUUAGAGGCAUCGUGACAGAGAACAUGAGCGGUUGUACACCGUGUAACUGUGAUGGAGUGGGAUCGGUUCGUGACGACUGUGAGCAGAUGUCAGGGUUGUGCUCCUGUAAGCCUGGAGUUAAGGGCAUGAAAUGCAAUGUGUGCCCCAAUGGGAGCAAGAUGGGAGUCAAUGGCUGUGACAAAGGACCUGAGGCACCCAAGUCCUGUGAUGCGCUGGUAUGCAACUUUGGGGCAUCAUGUGUGGAGCUCAAUGGUCAGGCUCACUGCGAAUGCCCCUCACCAGACUGCGACGAGGAAAAUAAGACUAAGGUAUGUGGAUCUGAUGGGGUUACAUAUGCAGACCAGUGCCAACUGAGAACCAUCGCCUGUCGACAAGACAAGAUAAUCACUGUGGAGCAUUCAGGCCAGUGCAAAGAAUCCAUUGAGCCGGAGGCCAAACCCACCUCCUUCCCAAAUAUCCCCCGCACCACCCCACCCUCUGCUUACGUCAAGAACACCGAACAGGACCAUGGCCACACCAUCGCCUUCACCACCACCUCAAGCUUUUACGAUAAUCCCGAUGACAGCUCCGUGGUGGAGGCACUGCCACCUCCGAAAAUUGAAAUGGAAGAAGAACUCUCCACAUACGAGCCCUCCACACCCUACACACCCACUCCAUCGCCAGCCCUGAGCACCAGGCCUAGAUUCUAUGAUGGAUCGGGUAGCGGAGACCCCAGUGGGGACGACGACUUGGAUGGUAGCGGUAUGGAGGGGAGCGGAGAAGAGCCACUUGGUACAAAAGUAGCAACUACUACUCUUCCCACAGCAGAGGAACGGUCUUCAUGUGACAACACACCUUUCGGCUGCUGUCCUGAUGGGAAAACAGCCGCCAUUAACUCCGACGGCACUAACUGCCCGUCCACCAUGCGUUUCAGUGGCAUCCUGCACCUGGAUAAGGUAGAGGGUCAAGAGGUCUUCUACACACCUGAGAUGGAGGACCCCAAGUCAGAGUUGUUCGGCGAGACGGCCCGCAGCAUAGAGAGCGCUCUGAAUGAGCUUUUCCGUAAGUCUGACGUCCAGAAAGACUUCCAGAGUGUCCGGGUGAAGAAUCUGGCCCCUAGCAACUCUAUAAUAACCUUCGUAGAAGCCCACUUCGAUCCAGACACAACUUUCAGUGUGGAAGACAUUGAGGGCGCUCUUCUCAAACAGCUCAAGGCAUCUAAAGACACUGGGAUUGUUGUGAAGAAACCAGAGGAGGAGAACAUCCGCAUCACCAACUAUGGUCUUUCAGUUGUUCCGUUCUUCACCACCACAACGACCACUGUGGCAUCCGUCACAACUCUUGCCCCCACCACGUUGCCUCCCAGCACUGCCUUUACCACGCUUUACCCAACCACCAGACGACCUUUCUUCACCCGCAAGACCACCACACCAGCACCGGCCACCACUGCACCCACCCAGGUCCCCACCUCAACACUUUCUGCGAGGACCAGGCCAGUGGUUCACGCCAGCAGACCCUGCGACUCUCAGCCCUGCCGUCAUGGUGGAACCUGCGAGGAGGAGGGAAGUGACUUCACCUGCAUCUGUCCUGCUGGGAGAGGAGGAGCUGUCUGUGAGAAAGUUAUAAAGUAUUUUAUACCAUCCUUUGGUGGCAAGUCCUACCUGGCUUUCCCAACCAUGAAGGCCUACCAUACUGUACGUAUCGCCAUGGAGUUCAGGACAUCUGAGACUACAGGAAUAUUGCUUUACAAUGGGCAGAACGGCAAAAAGGACUUCCUGUCUCUCUCCCUGGUUGGAGGCAAGGUGGAACUGAGGUUUAACACAGGUUCUGGGACAGCUUCAGUCAUCAGUAAAGUCCUGGUAAAGCCUGGUCGCUGGCAUCAAUUAGUGGUGGUCCGUAACAGACGUAACGCCAUGCUUAGCGUGGAUAACGAACCAAGUGUCGAAGGACAGAGUCCCCCGGGUACAGACGGACUUAACCUGGACACGGACCUUUUCAUUGGAGGAGUUCCUGAAGACAUGAUACCAGAUGUGAAGGAGAGGACAUCCGUCACCACAGGACUGGUGGGCUGCGUGCGCAUGUUGGACGUCAACAACAUGGUCUAUAACCUUCAGGAGAAUGGGGGCAGCGUUCUGUAUGGCUCAGGUGUGGGCGAGUGUGGCAACAAUCCGUGUUUGCCAAACCCCUGCAAGAAUGGAGCUUCAUGCCAAGUCAAAGAAGCCGAGGUGUUCCACUGUAAAUGUGUCAAUGGUUUCUCUGGUCCAACCUGUGCUGAUGCCCACAACCCCUGCGCCCUGAAUAAAUGUCACCCAUCUUCGCGGUGCCAGAUCCUACCUGAGGGAGGCUACAAAUGUGAAUGUCCAAUGGGCCGUGAAGGAAAGCAUUGCGAAAAAGUAUCAGACAAAGGAGGAGCUUUCAUUCCUUACUUUACUGGCGACUCGUUCUUGGAGCUCAAGGGCCUUCAUCUCUAUGGCCAGGAUCUGAGACAAAAAUUUAGCAUGACUGUUGUCCUGCUGGCCAAUGACUCAAAAGGCGUGAUCUUCUACAAUGGUCAGAAGACGGACGGUAAAGGAGAUUUUAUCUCUCUCUCUCUGAACGACGGUAUCCUCGAGUUCAGAUACGACCUGGGCAAAGGGCCAGCUGUCAUCAGGAGUAAAGAGAAAAUCAAGCUGAAUGAGUGGAACACGAUAAAUCUGGAACGGGCCAGCCGUAAGGGAGAGAUCAGCAUAAAUGGCAAAGACCCGGUCAGAGGAGAGGCGCCGAAAUCCCGCAAGAACCAGCACACAGAUCUCAAUCUGAAGGAGUCGCUGUUUGUGGGUGGAGCCCCUGAUUUCCGCAAAGUAGCCAGAGCUGCUGCUAUCAAAGAUGGCUUCAAAGGGGCCAUUCAGAAGAUUACUCUGAUGGGCAUUCCAAUACUGAAAGCUGAUAAUGCCCUUCACUCCAGCGACGUGUCCAUGUAUCCCUACCAUCCCUGCUCCAAAGAUCUUUGUGAGAACGGAGGCCGUUGCAAUCCCCUGUUGGACAGCUAUGAGUGCGUAUGCCGGCAUGGCUUUGUCGGGCAUCACUGUCAGGAUGCAAUAUUCGAGAAAUCCGCCGGAGACACGGAGGCCAUUGCUUUUGAUGGCCAUACGUUCAUUGAAUAUCACAACGGAGUCACCAAGAGCCAAACAACCAAUGAGAUCCCAGACCCUGAGUCACUGGAGAACCCCUCUGACCAGAGUGAGAAGGCGCUGCUGGUGAAUAAAUUUGAGCUGAGCAUUAAGACCGAGGCGACCCACGGUCUGAUUUUGUGGAGCGGGAAGGGAGUGGAGCGCUCUGACUACAUCGCUCUCGCCAUCGUGGACGGACGUGUGCAGAUGACCUAUGACCUCGGUUCUAAGCCUGUGGUGCUACGUUCCUCUGUGCGUGUCAACACCAACAGCUGGAUUCGAAUCAAGGCCAGCAGAGCAUUGAGAGAUGGCUCUCUGCAGGUUGGUAAUGAGGCAGCUGUCACUGGGUCAUCGCCCUUGGCUGCCACACAGCUGGACACAGACGGCGCACUCUGGUUGGGUGGUCUUGAGGAGCUGUCUGUGGCUCGCCGUUUGCCCAAGGCUUACAGCACAGGCUACGUUGGAUGCGUUAAAGAUGUGAUAGUUGACGGGGUGGAACUUCAUCUGGUGGAGGAUGCCUUAAACAGUCCCAAAAUAUUACACUGUUCGGCCAAAUAAUGCGGCAUACCUUCCUCCCAACACCAUGUCUACUGCUGUAAUUAUUUUUCUUUUUUUUUUGUAUACUAUUCUUUUGCUUUUAUAUUGGAAAAUUACAUUGUUUUAAAUAUAAUUUUUUGUUUCGUUUAAUUUUUUUUCCAUCUUUGCACCCAUCACAUCCUCAGUUGCAGGUGAACAUGGUGUCACAGGACAUGCAAAAUGCGUAUUAAUUCAGUGCUGCUUCUAUGGCAGACAAAAAAAACAUUGACUUGCUCAAUACUUGAACUGAGGCAGAUGAGGUUGGUGGUUUUGUGCUGUCUGGAUUGCCUUCCGGUGCCAUAUCUCACUGAUGUACGGCAAUCACCAUACAUUCCUCUGAGCUGUUGCUGCGGUCCAUUACUACAUCUAAGAGAUCUAAAAAAAAGACUUCCUGCUUCAUCAAGAAACGACAGCAGCCGUGAAAUAAGCUGAGCAAAUGUAUGUACGAUACUUCUCAUUUAUGAUACCACUAACAGGGGUGAACGCUCAGCGAUUCGGAGCUUUGCAUCUCUAGACGAUAGUAGCUGACAUUACACUUAGCAUUCCUCAAAAUUCAAUAUUUUUUUUCCAUGCAAAUGUCAUUAUUGACCUGUGAGAUGUAAUAAAUAGUAAAGAAAUACAUGAGACUGUGAAUUUUGAAGAUGCUAUUUUUUGUUGCAAUCGUUCGUCUCAUGUGUUGUGCAUAUCUAAAGAGCAAUUACAUAUAUAUAUAUGAAUAUAUAUAAUAUGACCACUUGUUGCAUGCAUCUUUUUAAGUGUUGAGUUGAUUUUUCUUUGGUUUUCUUGAUAUCCAUUAUUAUAUUCAGGGCAGAAAUGUAGCUUACCAGGAGGACUACAUUGCAAUGUAAAUGACCUUUAUUACUUCUGUUUUGACAUUUGAUCAUUCAAAAAUAUUGAAUUUUUAUAUAUUUGCUUUUUGUCAAUCUGGACUUGUGUAUGUAUGUGUGUGUGUGUGUGAGACGGAUGGAUAAAAACAGUUACAACAAUUCAACAUCAGGAGGCGCUGUAACACAGGAAGAGAUUAUAGACUCAUUGAACACAUCAGAUGGACAUAAAAGCGGAAAUACUUGGCAUGUUCAGUCAUUGAACAGAUAUCUUGUAUUCAUGGCAUUAUUUUCUAUUCUAUAUCGACCGAAAAUGUUGCUUUAAAAUGCUGCCGGCACUUGCUGUAAUGGGAUGACGUUUGUUGUAGACCCCUUGCAUCCUAUGACUGUGGCCCCCAAAACAGCUGUUCAUGUCACAACAGUAAUCAGUGAAAAUAGUAAUGCAUGAGUUUGUCAUGUCAAAAUGGUUUUUGUAACCUGUUUCAAGACAGAUGCAAUGCUAUGGUUUCUACUGCUGUCUCAUUGUAAGAAAUAUUACGAGUUUGAUACUAGAUGCUUCGCAAUAUUCAAAAAGAAAUGCCUGUUUGAGGUAAAUUACCACUGUAUCUUUUUUAUUUUUGUCAUUUUCUUUUUAAAUCCUGGGACAUGCAAAUUCAUCAUCAUGUACAGCCCUGUGACUAUCUAAGUUACUGAGGUUUUGUUUAAGUAUUAUACACUGGAACCAAGUCUGACUUGUCUAUACACAAAGCAUAUCCAGAUGUGGCUCAUAUAUGAGGGAUGAUAUCAGGAAAUUUUUGAUUAUGUAACAGCGUUCAAAGGAUGUCUAGUGUUAUAGACUAAGACCAAGAGCCCUUUGUUACUGCAAGAGCUAUGGAUCAUUCACAUUUUUAGUAUAGUGCCCUCAUCUUUUCAACCGGACUGAAUUUUUUCUCUUUUCUAUGCUCCUGCAUACUCAAGGAAUGAGGCUCAUGGUGCAGAUCGCCAUGGAAAUCUGCUCCGCGUGUGAAUGGAAACUGAGAAAUGCCUUAAAGUCAUUCACCAUUCAUGGGUGACAAAAGUUAAUGUCCAUACUGUUCUGUGCUCUCACUUUAGACAGUAUUUUACUCUCAUUCCCAUGAUGUAAAUUAAUUCAUAAAUGUUGAUAAUUAUAUUAAUAAUGCUUAUAAAAAAUUUCAGAAAGCCUCAAUAAUAGUGGACUCUACAAAGUACUAUUUACUGUACAAAUACUAUUUUCAGAAUCGUAUUUAUGUCUUAAGAGGAUUCCCAGUCUGGCAUUUGUAAACUACUGUUUAACUAUACCUGAUGGGCAGUGCACAGAAUGAGAGGCAUGACAUUACCAUUACUAACUUUAUUACCUGUGUCUUGUGUUCCAACCACCAUAAAAUAAAAUGUAAAACAAACUGAACUGACUUUGAAACUUUUCUGUAACAUUUCUUCCUGAUCAAAUUCGUGAAUAAAUCCCUACAUUUACCAAA